AUGAACCUCCUCCUCAAGGAUUUCGCAGACUUCUACCGCGCAUACCUCGACGACAUCGUUGCAAUUCUUAGAAUGAGAGAUGAGCUAGAGAACGGUAAAGAAGAAUACGCUGACGUGAUGGAGGCCGCCCUCACCCGCCUUGAGAACAGACUUGUUUGGCAUAAGCGAGUCCUUUACCGGGCUCUCGACAAGGUGCGCCUAUCUGUGGAUGAGGGCGAUAAGGCUGACAUGUUGCCAAACUCUCUGGUCAAUGAGGACGACGUUCUAUUUGUUCCCCGUUGA